UUGUGAAGCUUUAUGGUUUUUGCUCCAGUGGUCAACAUAAGUUUCUUGUUUAUGAAUACAUGGAGAGAGGAAGUUUGGCAAAUAUUCUUCAAAGUGAAGGUGCCAUUGAAUUAGAUUGGCCUAAGAGAGUGGAUGCUAUAAAACAUGUUGCUUAUGCUCUAUCAUACAUGCAUCAUGAUUGCACUCCACCAUUAGUACACCGAGAUAUAACAAGUAAUAAUAUUCUAUUUGAUUCAGAAUAUAAGACUUGUAUUUCAGACUUUGGUAUUGCUAGACUUCUGAAGCCUGAUUCAUCUAAUUGGAGUAUGCUUGCAGGCACACGAGGAUAUUUGGCUCCAGAGCUUGCAUACACAAUGAGGAUUACUGAGAAAUGUGACGUAUAUAGUUUUGGAGUAAUAGCACUUGAGAUUGUAAUGGGAAAACAUCCAGGAGAACUCAUCUCUAUGUUAUCUUCUCCGAUCAGUGAAAAUAUCUUUUUGAAAGAUAUAUUAGAUCCACGGCUAUCACUUCCUACAACUCAAGUUGUAAAUGAGUUAGUUGUAGUAGUUAUGAUAGCAUUUCAAUGUUUGGAUAACAACCCAUAUUCUCGUCUGACAAUGCGAAGUGUAUCUCAAUGGCUAUCUACUACCGAAGCACGAUCAAACUCCCAACCUUUGGAGAUGAUCAAGUUAUGUCACCUAAUCCAAGUCAAGGUAUGA